UCUUUUUGGUCUCCUGUUGAAUACCCAUCUUCAUCCUCUACAUCAGCCAAGAUGACGAAGCGCACCAAGAAGGUCGGCAUCACCGGUAAAUAUGGUACCAGAUACGGUGCCUCCCUGCGUAAGCAGGUGAAGAAGAUGGAAGUCACCCAGCACGCCCGCUACGUCUGCACUUUCUGCGGAAAGAACACCGUCAAGCGCAAGGCUGUCGGUAUCUGGGAGUGCAAGGGCUGCGACAAGACUGUUGCCGGCGGUGCUUACGUCGUCUCCACCCCCGCUGCCGCUGCCACCCGCUCCACCAUCCGUCGUCUGCGUGAGAUCGCUGAGGUCUAAAUGGGAGGAUUGUGUGGUUUCAUUUCUCUUUUACGGUUACGUCUGAAUACCAAAAAUGAAUGAAAAAAAUUCGGGAUUACGAA